AUGGAUUUCGACACAGCCAAGCCUUUCGGCAAGGUCCUGGAGCUCCUCGCAGGCAUGAAGACGGAGCUGGCAAAGGAGGCAGAUGCGGACAAGGACACGCAUGCCAAGAUGACCAGCUGGUGUCAGGACACCAAAGAUGAGAAGAACAGGAUUAUUUCCGAGUCGGACACAACAAUCCAGCUCCAGACCACAGCCGUGAAGGAGAACACGGCUUUGGGCCAGCGUCUGGAUUUCGACAUCAGGACCUUAACGAAGGAGAUCGCAGCGAACAAGGCCACAUUGGCGACAGCGGAGGCCUUGCGAAAGGAUCAGCACGAUUCCUUCACAAAAGACGAGACGUCCCUGAAAGAAAACAUCGAAGCUGUCUCUGCGGCAGUGGCCGCGUUUUCGGUGUCGGGAAGCUCUCUGCUGCAGUCCGAAAGUGCCAUGGCCAGGCUGAGGCUUGUGGUGCACAGCAACUACGACAAGAUCCGGGCGAAGACUAGCCGAGCCGAGCGGAUGCUUCUGGACGACUUCUUGAAGGAUCCGAGCCAGUUCACCAAGGGCUCGGGCUUCCUCCAGAAGAAGGAAGGGGCCGAGGCGGAAGGCCCUGUGGAUACGGUGGUUGGCCUUCUCCAGGCCAUGGUUGGCGACUUUCAGCGUGACCUGCAGGAAGAGCAGGCAGAGGACGCCAAGUUGGAGAAGAGCUACCAGGCCCUGGUGGCCGCCAAGACGGGCGAGGUGACGGCUGCGGAGGAUCAGGUGUCCACAAAGGAAGAGGAAAAGGCGACGGCAGCAGAAAAGGUCACGACCGGCAAGGCCGACGUGGCCGGCGCCACCAAAGCCAAGGCCGAAGCAGAGAAGCUGCUGGCAACGGUCACAGAGAAGUGCGCCAGCUCAAAGGCAGAGUUCGAGCAGCGAAGCGCCACGCGUACCGAGGAGCUCUCGGCCGUGACCAAAGCUGUAAAGGCCUUGCAAGGGGAUGAGGCGAAGUCGCUCCUCUCCACUGCAGCGUCUUUCCUUCAGCUCAAGGCUGUGGAUCAGCGCCAAGCGAGGGCGGCCGAGGUGCUUUCUGCCACUGGCAAGCGACUCGGAAAUCAGGCGAUGAUCACUCUGGGUUUGCAGGCGAAGGGCGAUGGCAUGAUCAAGGUGCAGGAAGCCAUCGAUGGCAUGGUUCGCAGCCUGACGCAGCAGCAGAAGGAUGAGGUGAAGGAGCACGAGGGAUGCCAGAAGGACUUUUCGGACAACAAGGAUUCUACUGACAAGAAGACAGAGCUACAAGGAUCCACGAAAGGAAAGAUUAGUCAGCUGCAGUCCGACAUCACAACCACAGUGGAGGCUAUCACCAAGCUCAAGGAGGACUCUGAGGAGAUGGCAAAGCAGUUGCAGGCUGCAAAAGAAAACCGUGAGAAAGAGAUGGGCGAGUUUGCGGACACCGUGGCCGAGCAGCAGCACACUCAGAAGCUGCUGGGCGAGGCUCUUGAGGCUUUGCAAGCCUUCUACGCUAAGCCCGCUCUGGUUCAGGUGCGACGGCACGAGGCGGAUCCCAAGCCAGAGGACUUCCAGCAGUACAAAAACAAUGCAGGGGGUGAGAAGGUGAUGGCGCUGAUUCGCGAGGUGAGUGACAGCUCUGCCACCCUCGAGAAGGAAGCGAAGCAGGCCGAUGAGGAUUCCCGUAUUGCCUUCGAGAAGCUGUCGGAUGAGACCAAGGCCGAGAUGCGCAGCGCGACAGAGGAGACGAACAACAAGGCUAUUCACAAGGCUGACUUGGAAGCUGACUUGGCGGAGGCCAAACAGACGCUUCGUUUGACCAAGGAUGAGUUGGAAAGUCUCUCCGAUUCCAAAGACGCCAUCCACAAAUCCUGCGACUUUGUCGUUGACAAUUUCGCAGUGCGACAAGAGGCACGUGGCCAGGAGAUUAAGGCUCUGGAGGAGGCGAAAGCCAUCUUGGGCUAA